AAAAAAUACUAUUUGUGUCUUGAUAUUGCACCAUGUAAACGUAGCGUAAUUUCAAUAUGAUAACAAAGCUGACAAUUAUACGCAGAAUGCCGCCGACAAACUUCAAUAGAUAAAGAAAAAUAUGUUACCGUUAUUUUGACAAUUAAAUUUUAAUCAAUCAAAUAAUGACAAAAGAAUAAUGAAAAAAAAUAAAUUAUUCAAGUGCGACAGUCAAGCGACCUAUUGUUCUGAGGUGGAAGAUAUGGCAGAAGAUACCCAUUGUGGACUUCGUCGUUCUCAGCGUUUGUUAGAGAAACGUAAACGAAUCGAAUCAUAUGCCUUUCAAAAGAAACCGGAUGAACAAAACUCAUGCAUUACACCUCAGUCAAAUAUUUUUGAGGCAAAAGAAUGCACCACAAAAUGUAAAACCUUGCCAGAAACACAAGCAUUAUUUUCCCCGACCGAUAUAAGAGAAGACGAAGAAGGAAUUGCGCUAGUGAAUCUAAAGCAAAGUUUUACAACAAAUAUUAAUGUUUGCGAAACAUAUAGAAAAAACCCAAAUUUUAAAAGGAAAAGGAAAUUCCGCUUUACGCUUAAAAAAAGUAGAAGGCGUCGUAUAAAGAGUACAAAUCCUGCAUUGACGCCAUCCAAUAACUAUGAAGCAUCGAAAACUAGCCAAAAAGAACAGCAAAAGGCUAUAACAGAUCAAGGAGUUCAAAACUCUUGGGACCUAUCAAAAAUCAAAUCGGAACACACUUUAAAUCAACAAAAUUGCAGUUAUUCCAAAGAAAAACUAUCUGUUAUUACUCAAAGCUGUAAUGAAGGUAGUUUUUGUCAGAGAUCUGCAGGAAUUGACGAUAAAAUACAGAAAUAUAGCAAAACUGAAGAAGAAAUUGUAACAAAUAUUCUAUCAUACGACCAUGCAAAAUGUUACGCAAUUAAGACAAAAGAUAGCGAGACCCAUACUAAUGCAACUACUCAAAAUUCUACACAGAAAGAUAAUCGAAAAAGAGGUGGGAAAAGGAAUUUGGAAGAAGAUAUAUUAACAGAUUUAUUAACACAUAAAUCUGAAGCGUGCUUGAUUGAAACAUCGCCUGCCAAAGAAAAUAAUAAGAAUCAUGUAAAUGCAUACCGACGACAGAGCACAUUUAUUAAGAAAGAAAAAUCGGCGAAAAUGUCGAAUUUAUCCGGUGAAAAUUCCAAUCAAAAUGCAAGGACCUGUUCUUUACCUUCGGCAACAGAAAGUCAAACAACAUCAAACCUUGGUAUUAAGAGAAAGAAACGGGAGCCAUCAGUAAUAUCUAAUAGGAAUAAAAAUACCUCUAAACACGCAAUUAAGAAUUCCAAUAUCAAAAAAGAUCGGUCUUCUAUAAUACAAAAAAGGGAAUCUAUGUUGCCGAAUAUAUAUCAGCCAUUUUUCCAAUAUCAUUUACCUUCAGAUGUUCUAUACAAUCAGCAAAACCGAUUUUUUCCAAAAACAUCAAUGCUGCCCGAUAUUUAUCCACCCCAUUUUAAAUAUCAACUUCCCCCAGAUGCAGUACUAAACAAGCCUCUAAUAAUUCCCCAACCUAACAUAAUUACACCAGAUGAAACGCAAUCAAUGGAUUUAAAAGAUUCAUCAACAUCAUCAUCACCAUCUCUGACUGAAUCGUUGCGUUGCGUUUUUAACACGAAAGAUUUGAGACAUGUUUUGGAAAUAGAAAAAAUUAAAUAUCGCUUGUACGACUAUCAUCUAGACGCCCUGGCGAUAGUUUUAAACUUACAAGUAAAUUAUUUACGUGACUUAGUGGAAAGAAUACUUCAGAUGAAUCCAAAUGUUUUGCGAAAACUUAGCUCGUCCUUGAAUAAGCCAUUUGUACCGGACCAUGAUUUAUUCGAAAGGGAUACACCAACGUCCAAUUUUUCUUCAGACAAUGAAGUUAUACCGAGUAGUCAGAAAGAAGAUUCGGUUAAAAAAUAAAUAAUUAAUUUUAGACGUAAUAACGAAAUAAAAGAUAUAUGCAUGGUUCUAUGGUACAAUAAAGACAAGGUACCAUAAGUUAGGGAAAGUUGUAAAGUAAAGAGACCUACCUUUAUGGACUGUAUUGUCAGAAGUAUUAAAUAAACAAAACAACAUAUUACAAUGAUUUUGAAAAAAAAAAAAAAACAAAAAUAUCGAAAGCUGAAGAAUGUUUAAGAUCUUUAAUUCGUCAAAUGGUAUAAGAGCUAUAAAAAUAGCUUCACUAAUUUUUAUAUCCUACACCACA